AUGGCCGGUCAGGCCCAUUUAUUCAAGUCUACCGUCAAUGAGUACCUGGAGAGCUUGUCCGAGACCGUGCACUCAAAGCUGUACAAAUCUCCAGCAACGUGUUUGGCAAUCUUCCGUCUAUUGCCUUCGCUCUCGAAGUUCUACGUGAUGACACUGCUGUUCAACGAGGACUCCACAUCGUAUGCAAACUUAAAUAGAUGGUUGAAGGUUCCACCAACAUCUUCAAAAGCACAUCCCCAUAUCACUCCCACAAAGCUAUAUCAGAACGAGUGUUUAAAGAGACUGAAGGCAUUGAACUUGAUCAAAGACGUGAGGAAGACAGUUACACAUCCCACCACUGGAAAGUCCACCACCGUGGUUUUGUUUCAGCUCAAUCCUAUCUUUCGAGCAAGUUUCAGGGAUGCUGUGACCGGAGGAGGAUCCGCUUCUGCUUUUGGGGAUGCCUCCGAUAGGGUAGAGAGCAAGCGUGAUGACCUGCAGACGAUGUUUUCCGACAAUGUGACGAUUGACUAUCUUGACAGCUACUCGUUAAUGAAAUGGGAGAACAUAUUGCAUUUCAUGGUGGGAACGGAAUUGCUGUCGUCGCCGAGUGUGGGAGUGCUAUCGCUUUUACGUCACAGUGGUCUCAUGGAGUUGGAAGCCGAUCGAGAAGCAAAGACAGAGGCGAAGACAGAAAGCUCCAGCACGAUGACUCAAUAUUCGUUAAAUACACUCAAGAACAUGAAGAUCACUAAUGAGGGUUUUCAGUUUCUGUUGCAGGACAUCAAUUCACAGAUUUGGACGCUUCUGUUGGAGUAUUUGAAGAUGUCCGAAAAACUGAUGAUGGAUCCAGUUGAGGUACUGAACUUCAUCUUCAUGCUAGGAUCUCUGGAACUUGGUAAAGGUUACCCGACUGCCAUGUUGAGUGAUACACAGAUCAUUAUGCUGGAAGAUUUGGUGGAUUACGGACUGAUUUACUAUCCCAAGCCUGUCGAACCAGAGAGUGUUAGCAUGGACGUUGAUGAGGGGCCUGAAGGAGAAACCCUAGAGCAAAACGAAAGGGAUGAUGUGGUUGCCAACAGAUUGUUCUAUCCCACACGUCUAGCGACGACAUUGACAUCGGAUAGCAUGACAUUCAAGAGUGCAUCCACAGCUAUGACACAGGCGACUGCAGAGGCAGAUUCCGGUUCUGGAAAAGAUAUGGGAAACGUGAUUUUGGAGACCAAUUUCAAGCUGUACUGUUAUACCACCUCACCGUUACAAGUGGCAAUUCUCAAUCUAUUUGUUCAUUUGAAGUCUCGGUUUUCCAAUAUGGUGACCGGAGCAAUUACACGAGAAUCUAUAAGGAAGGCCCUGACGAACGGGAUUACGGCAGAGCAAAUCAUCAAAUAUUUGGAGAGUCAUGCACAUUCGCAAAUGAAGAAGCUAGCAGAAGAGAGACUGGUGAAGAAGCUGGACUUUGAAAAUAGUACCAAUUCUGCCUCAGAUGCUGCUGACACUGUGCUGGAAGUUUUACCUCCAACAGUGGUGGAUCAGAUAAAGCUGUGGCAGUUGGAGCUGGAUAGAAUCCAGACUUUUCAAGGUUAUCUCUUCAAGGACUUUGUUAAUGAUCAGGAAUUCGAGCUUCUCAGCACUUACGGCGAGGAAGUGGGAAUUCUUUUGUGGAAGGAUGUCCAGAGUAGGAGGUUUUUUGUUACUCAGGAAGGAAAUAAGCAGUUGAUCGAUUAUGCUGCCAGAGCUUUACGAAGACAGAAGCAAAAUGGCGAGCGAGCGGCCACUCCUUUAUAA